AUUCCUGUCCUUCGAAACCAACUCCUGAAUGUAUUAUAUUUUGCACUUUCAGCUCGAGGGUGGAUCAGUGGUGAUUACCGGUUAUGUGGAAGGUCUCUCUCCGGGUAAGCACGGUUUGCACAUCCAUGAAUUCGGAGACUUCUCCCGGGGUUGUCUCUCCACAGGGCCACACUACAAUCCCUACGGCAAUGAUCACGGAGGCCCGGAAGACGCGAAUCGACACGUUGGCGAUUUGGGUAACAUUGUGGCGCACAUUACGGGACUGGCCAAAAUCCAGAUGGUGGAUCACAAAAUAACGCUGGUUGGCGAGCACAGUAUUCUGGGGAGGACACUUUGCGUGACGGAGUUCGAGGACGAUUUGGGAAAAGGGGGACACGAUUACAGUAAAACUACUGGAAACUCCGGCAAUCGGCUUGCCUGUGCCAUUAUCGGUGUAGCGAGGGAAGAAUACUUCCCUGAAAGGGGGCACCUCACCACGAACGAUUAAAUGCUGUGUAACGCAAAUUGUGGUAUUGAUAGUGGCGAUUAGUGGACUGAACAAGUAACACUGCCAUUGUUCUUUUUUUAUACUGUAUACGAAUUACUUAAGCUUAAUAAAAAAGUUUUGAUAUA